AUGUUCAUCUCCUACGAAAAUCUGAAGGCUCUCUCUCUCUCUCUCCCCCUCUCUCUCCCCCUCUCUCUCUCCCUCCCUCUCUCUCUCCCUCUCUCUAUCACUCCCUCCAUCUCUCUCUAUCUCUCUCUAUCUAUCCCCCCUCUCUCUCUCUCCCUCCCUCUAUCACUCCCUCCAUCUCUCUCUAUCUCUCUCUAUCUAUCCCCCCUCUCUCUCUCUCCCUUCCUCUCUCUCUCCCUACCUCUAUCCUCCCUCCAUCUCUCUAUCUCUCUCUAUAUCUCUCCCCUCCCCACCUCUCUCCCCUCCCCUCUCCCCCCUCUCCCCCCCUCUCCCCCUCACCCCCUCUCCCCCUUAUCUCUCUCUAUCUCACUCUCUCUCCAGAAAAUGAUCCACAAUAUUUUUUAUUCCAUUUAUAUACUUUUUAUUUCUCAUAUUAUUUUUUUCUCACUCUCUCUCACUCUCUCUCUCUCUCUCUCUCUCUCUCUCUCUCUCUCUCUCUCACGCCUUUCUCCCCGAAACACACACCCCCUGAAAAAAAGAAAACCCAGAAAAACUUUCGCUACGGACCAUAAACAAAAGGCGCCCAUCAGUCGCCUCUCAGUUUCUCUAACCUGUUCAUAUCUAUCUAUCUAUCUAUCUAUCUAUCUAUCUAUCUAUCUAUCUAUCUAUCUAUCUAUCCGUUUAUCUACCAGCUUGUUCAUAUCAAUUUAUCGCUUUCGAUUCACUUGCCUUUUUAUCUAUCUCAUGAAUUUCAUCUAUCUCUCUCUCAGCCACAACAAUAUAUAUCAGCUUAUUCAUAUCUAUCUAUCUAUCUAUCUAUCUCACCCUGUUCAUUAUCUAUCUAUCGAUCUAUCUAUCUAUCUAUAUUUUCUAUUGUGUUCUAUUCUAUAUUUUUUUCAAUUCUAUCCCGUUCACACUUUUCCCAUCAAUCAGUGUCUAUUCAUAUCUAUCACGUUCGCUGGCUGUGUUUAUCGGUGA